CAGGUACAAUGCAUUCUGGGAAUGGGAAAAUGAUACCGCGAACCAGAUUUGAACUUUGACCCGGAAAAGACGAACAAGUGCGGAACUGAAUGCCCCUGCCCGGGCGGGCCUGGGCUUGUUCCAACACGCCCGGGGCUGAUUCAUCUUCGCGGUUUUGUUCUCAGAACGCUCAGAACCGCUAGAUCAGCGCACACGCCGGACGUCUACACUCAAGCUCUCAUACAACCGGGCACAUGCUUCAAGUAGCGCCGGAUUGCAGCAAUAUUCUCAGUGUUAUCCAACUACCAGUGCCCGUUCACUUUCCUGCCAAGGAAUUUUCGGCGUUUUGACGUUAUCCGGACAUUAUACCUACAAGUUUUUAAGCUACACGUCAUUGGAACAGCUCCUGGGGUCAAGGAAGAACGAUGUCCACGCAAGGGCCUGAACUUGAGGAGUCUCUUGGGAGCUUGCAGAUAGGAGAGGAUGAUGAAGAGUCAGAGGAUUCUUCUGAUGAAGGAUCGGAGGAUUCCUCUGAUGAAGAGGCAAAGCUCCCGGAUUCGCCUUGGCGCGGGCUCUACUAUGGUGACGACAUCAAAAGAAUGAUAUCUCACACUCUCAAGGGUUGGUGCAGCCACGACCCCAAACCAAAGAUAUACAUCGUCACUCCUUUCAUUGACGAGGAAGGACUGAAAAUGGUGAAACGUGCCAUUGGAAGCCACCAGAUGGCUUUGUACACCCGUGAGGAGCAGAAACAGUACAAUAAGAUUAUUAAACUGAAAACUAUAAUGACUGGAAUCGUGUCGAGAGAGAAUUUCGCUCAGCUGAGGGUUGGCAUUCAUGAGAUAGAAGACCAGAAGCACUACUACCACUGCAAGUUCGUCGCUGCCGAGUUUCCAGAUCGUGUGGAGAUUCUGAUGACCAGCGCCAACUUAACAUCAACACACUUCAUGCGUGAGCAGAUAGAUUCAGUACAGCAGUACGACGUUACACCUGAGGACUUUGAAGAGAUUUACUUGCAGAAAUUGAAGAAGCACUCACAUGAUUAUGAGUGGGCAAGUACCGAAACGGCGUCUGGUGAGGACAAACGAGAACAGCAGAAGAAACGUGCACCCUACGCUCCUACAAGACAGGGAGAAUGUUACAGCUGUGGGGAACAUGGCCACUACGUCAAGGAAUGCCCUAAAGCAGAUUGUAACCGCGGUGGAGAGAAAGUCCAGUUGGAGAACCAACAGAAUGGUGCGCCUCCCAGUCCGCAACAGAGCAGAAUGCCUUACCGUUCUUAUCAGAACAGGAUGCCGUCUCGUGCUCCACUGAACUGGAGGCCUUCCCAGGGGCCCGUGUUAAACAGGCACACAGUAGGCCGAUGGCCCCCACCCAACCACUCCGAUCAAAAGGUGGGACCGUCUCAACCGACGAAACCAGGAGCGGUACCCGCACGCGUACCCUAACCAACACUGCCGUCGAGAUCCAAAAACUUUCGAUUCCCCGUUUCCACCACCCUUUGCUGAGCUGGGCGACCCAUAUAUGAACUGUUGUCCGCAAGAAAUGAACGGACGCCUGCCGUGGCCGCAACGCGAGACGUCUGGCGGGCACGACCAAGCCCGGGGUCCACACUACUACCAUCCAGAGUACUGCUCUCCAAUGUAAAGAGAAGCGCUUGCUAGAAACUUUUCUGAUAAAACCUCUGCAAACAUUUUCGGCAAAAGGUUGAUAACUUACUGUGUAUACUAAACGGAAAGAUACUGUGUAACUGUGCUACCAACCGAAUGAUGCACUUUUAAUAUGUGUUAAGUCCACCUUUUGACAGAAUUGCCUGAUCUGUAUGAUGUCCUUUAGUCCCAGUUAAUUGUCAUGCUCGCCAAAGAAACCAAAUUCACGACUUUUAAUACACAAUUUUAGCAUGUAUAGCAAUCGUCGAGCCAUGGCUAAGCUAAGAAUCAGUGCCGGCCUACGGUAGCUGUUGCAAAUGGCCCCUAUUUAAGAUAUACAACUGGACUCCUUCGAACGACAGACUCUGUACACUUUGUAACUCCAACCGAGUAGAAAAUCAAUGUUUAACGUUAGAGUGUGUACAUUACAAUGUAUACAAUGUGUAUUGCUGAAUAGAGUGCCUUUCAUAGGUCAUGUUUGAACCCUUCGAUGUGUCUGUCAUUC